AUUUGGUGUCGCGUGGAGGUGGUGGUGCGGGAGGUCUCGUGGUUGCUGCGACUGGGGAACGUGAGGUCCGCUGGAACUUUGCUAGGUGAGCUUGGCAUUCGCGGCGAUGGGCGCCGGUGCCAGUGACCUGGGCUCCCUGUCCGAGAGCCCGGAGCUGGCGCGCAUGGUCAGCAAGGAACUCAUCGCUCCCAAUGAUCCAUUCUGGGACAAACUGCUCGAGUUCCGCUUCAAGAAGAGGUUAACAAAGGAGGACGACUGUAGACUGGAGGAGAAUGUCUCUAGCUUGUUCAACCUGUUUUUAACGAACAACCUGGAGACGGGGAAUCUGGGCUCACUGAUGCGUGUCUUCCUGCUGAAGGCCUCAGAUCUGAAGGCUUCAGCUCAGCUUGAAGGCAACCGGCUGGCGGACGAGACCUUGAACGCGCUGCUGGCCAUCCGCUGCAUUUGCAAGCUGUGCGUGCAGCUGCUGCGCGAGGAGGAGCUGGUGCGCCAGCUGGAGGCGCGGCCGCGACCGGCGGCCGGCGCGCCCCCGGCCGCCGCCGAGCCCGGCAGCCAGCUGGAGACGCUGCUGAACGCGCUCAUCGAGGUGCUGGUGGACGUACCCCUGCUGGACGCGACUUACUACAUUCACCUGGAGGCUCUGAACACGCUGCUGAUCCUGCUCGGCUGCCAGAUGUACUCCACCAAGCAGGCGCACUCGCUGGUCGUGUACAGGACCCUGAUGUCGGGUCGCAGCGCCAUCCACGCCUGCAUCCUGAUGAAGACGCUGCUGAAGCACGUGGUGACGCGCCAGCCGGCGCCGGACAGCCGCUACACGGGCGGUGGCAGCCUAGUUCUGGGAAUCGCCAGCGGCCUGUGGAGCGCGCUGACGCUGGGCUACGGAGCGCAGCCGGCGACGGAGGAGAAGACGGCCGGCCGCCUGCCGCCGCUCACCCAGCAGAGUCUGCACCUGCUGCUGGUGCUGGGCAACCACUGCACCAGCCAGAGCCAGCUGCACAACCCCUUCCGGCAGGCGCUCUUCCACAUGUCUAACCUGCAGGACCCGGCCGAGACGCAGCUGGUGGCGGCGCCCGAGGCGUUCAGUAUGGAGCUGAGCGGGCUGUACGCCGCGCUCUGCUCUCCACCCUGCACCGAUCAGACGACCCUGCUGCUGUACCUGCUGCUGCACAAGAACACCGCCUUCCGACAUUACGUGCUCUCGCGCACCGACAUCGACGCCCUGGUGCUGCCCACGCUGCGGGUCCUGUACAACGCGCCCGAGAGCAGCAGCCACCACAUCUACAUGUCGCUGAUCGUGCUGCUGAUCCUGAGCGAGGACGAACUGUUCAACCGCAGCGUGCACGCCACGAUGCUGAGACAAGUCAGCUGGUACACAGAGCGGCCGCUGGCUGAGAUCUCACUCGGCGGCCUGCUUAUCCUCGUGGUCAUCCGAACCAUUCAGUACAACAUGACCAAGAUGAGGGACAAGUACCUGCACACCAACUGCCUGGCAGCGCUGGCCAACAUGUCGUGCGAGUUCCGUCAGCUGCAUCCGUACGUCUGCCAGCGGCUGGUGUCGCUGUUCGAGCUGCUGGCGCGCCGGCACGGCCGCCAGCUGGAGCGGCUGCGCGCCGCCGCCGACGCCGCCGCCGAGCCCGACGACGAGGCCGUUCAGGACCUAGCCGUGCUGGAGGAGGUGCUGCGCAUGGUGCUGGAGAUCAUCAACUCGUGCCUGACGUCCCAGCUCCCGCACAACCCCAACCUGGUGUACACGCUGCUGUACAAGCGCAGCGUGUUCCACCUGUAUCGCACACACCCGAACUUCCAGGACAUCACGCAGAACAUUGACACGAUCCUGCUGUAUUUCAACUCCAAGCUGGACAACCUGCACAAGGACAUCGGCGUGCGGGAUGUGUUGGCCGUCAUCGAGGACGGCGCCAAGAAGUUCCCCCUGGAGCGGCUCAAGAAAUUCCCCGAGCUGAAGUUCAAGUACGUCGAGGAGAACGAGCCGGAGGACUUUUUCAUCCCGUACGUGUGGUCUCUGCUGUUUAACGGGAGCGACCUGCGCUGGAGCCCUGCCAACGUGUGCCUGUUCAGCCCGGAGGGCACGGAGUCUUGAGGGGUCCGCCGUGGCGCCGGCCGGCUCCGCUACCGGCCGUGCGGGCGCGCGCCGGCGGACAGCGUCGCCGCCGCCGCCUGCCGUGGCUGGCCCGGAGCGCCGGUGACACGACGUGCUGACUGCGGAGUGGUAAAUGUCAUUUAUUUAUUGACCCGGUUUUUGAGGAGAUGGACUGGGUAGGGGAGUAAUGUCUCGCCGCUGGGUAUAUCCUGCCUGUGCGAGCAGCUGGUAUAAUGCAGAACGCACGCGUGUUGCUCGGCACCUUCAGGGACAGGCGUUUUCUGGCGUGUUUCAGUUAGGAAAUGCUUGUUUAACAUUCUGCAUCUGGUAUGCAUCCUUUUCCCCAAUGAUUUAUGGGUGGCAAAAUAUUCCUGGCAACGUUGUGUAUGUUUGCUCGCAAUCGGUACGACAAGGCUGACCCGAAGUGCAAUGAAAGGCAUUCUUGUUGAACAGUGGGCAGAUUUAUCUUAGAAUAUUUAGACUGUAAAUGCGGCCCAGCUCUGGCGAACCUUUCCGUUGCCUUUGACGGUCAGAGGCGUCUGCCUCACUUCAUCGCGCGUGGUACCGUGUCUAUUCGACGAAGAGGCGUCGGCGGGCGGCGCCACGGCUGCUCCGUCUGCUGCGUCCCUGCCAGCGGCGCGGACCGUCCGCCGCCGUGACCUCUCUGCAUCGCCACAAUGCCAGCUCGUGGCCGGCCUCGCCGCAUGACCUCUGGCUGCUGCGCCAGCCACGCGCCCCGCCCUGCAGUUACGCCAGGGGCGCGCGGCCCGGGCGGCGCGGUCGCAGCUUGUGAUAGGACGCAAUCUUCGCUGCCGCGCACCGCCUAGAUCCCCUCAGCUCAUGACGUGUUUACUUCAUGCACAGUUAUCCUGCUUUCACCGCGGAUGUUUGUCACGGGUGUGAAUGGAUGGCGGCCUCGGUGCUGCCCGUGUUGGCUUGCGUUGUUACAAGUAGUUACACUGUUACGACGCAAAUUGAUUUAAUAAA